AGGCAGCGGCAGUCCACGGCCCGGGACAGGACCAGGCCUGGAGAUAAAGCUCUCUCUUAUUACGUGUCCACAUGUAUGAUUGUAACGUGGAUUUUAAAAAAAUUUGUGUCAGUUGAUUUUUAUCAGUCAAACAUUAAACAUUUAUCAGAAAAAAAUAAAAAAAUUUCUUUUUUUCUUAUUUAAAAAUUGUGUUAAAAAUUAAAUAUGUAUUUUUAUUUUUUUUUUUUGUUUUUAAAACAAGUGUAAAAUUUUUUUGAAAAUAUCAAGAGCAAAGUGUUUUUUGUUUUGUUUAAAUUUUGAUUUUUUUUUUUUUUUGUGUAGUGAUAUUUAAAUAAGUGCAAAAUAUUUAAAACAAUAAAAAAAAUAUUAUUAUUUAUUUAAAAUGAAAUUUUAAUUUUAAUAAAUUUUUAUAAAUAUAUUAUUUUUUGUUUUUUAAUGGUGAAAAUUUAAAGAGAAAAGAGAUAUGUAUGGACAAACUGAUGGUCGUAUAUUUAUUUGAUACUAAAGAGUAAAAGAUUUGCUGAGUGAAAGAUCAAGGAGGUUUUUGCGAGAGGAUAACAUGAGUGACGAGACUACGGUAUCAAGCUGCGGGCGCACGUGCACCGCACGAGGAAGUUACGAGGAAACGACGACAACGUCGAGGCGUUGCGACGAUUUACCACGUUAGAAACGAAACAGCCCCAGGGCAAAAAGUCUAUUUUUUAAAAUCCACACACAUAUCAACCCCCCUCCUAACAUAUCAUCCUUCAAAUCCUAUUUUAAAAAAAAUAAAUGAUAAAAAAAUAAAACUAAGCAAUUUAUAGCCAGUGUUUUUAAUUUAUUUUUUAUAUUAUUAUUUUUAUUUUAAAAUUUUUAUUAUUAUCUUAAAAUUUAUUUUUAUCCUAUUAUAUUUAUUAUUUUUAUUAUCUCUAUUAUGUUAUUUUAUUUUUUCCAUCAAUCCUCAUUUAUUCAAUCCAAUGAGUCAUUUGACUGCAUAUCGUCCAGAAAGGACACAGUAUUCAGACUAUAUUGACGCUUUAAAAAAAAUAUAAAAAGUGAUAAAAUAAUAGUAGUAAUUAUUGAAGAUAGUAAAAUUGAAAAAAAAAAAAAAGUGUUGGAAGACAUUUAAUGGACGUAGGAGGGAUGAAAGGCAGCGGAAGUGAGACUGGAUCAUCACCGGUCAAUCGGACCAUUAAAAAAAAAAUUUUACAAAUAUUUUAUGUUAUUAUUAUUGGUCUUAUUGAUCAUGCUAUUGGAUACGGAAGUUCAAAAUCAUAUUUACAUCAAGAAAUAUAUGGAAGUGGGCCAUCUUUUGUUCAACCAGUUGGCAAUCAAACUGCGGCAAUUGGCCGUGAAGCAGUAUUCUCUUGUUACGUUCGUAAUAUUGGAAAAUACAAAGUGGGAUGGCUAAAAACGUCAGAUCAAACUGUAUUGUCAUUGAAUACAAAAAUAGUAACUCACAAUACACGUAUAGCAGUUUCAUAUGAAACUGGUGGAUGUUCAAGUUUACCUAGUAUUCCAAUGGGUAUUCACAGCGUGACCGGUAACAAUCAAGUGACUGACGAGGGAGUUAACUGCACGUGGCGACUUCAUAUACGACAUCUAAAAGAAUCUGACAGAGGAUGUUACAUGUGCCAAAUCAAUACAAGCCCAAUGAAAUCAGAGCUUGGUUGUCUAGACAUACUUGUACCACCAGAUAUUGUUUAUGGUGAAGAGACAAGUAAGGAUUUAUCAGUAUCUGAAGGUGAAAAUGUAACUUUAAAUUGUCAAGCAACUGGUAAACCAACACCUCGAGUAUCUUGGAGACGUGAAGAUGGACACCAUAUUCUCAUUAGAAAUUCAACUUCAUUUUCAAAUCGUAAAAAUAUCCACUUUCAAACAGUGGAAGUUUACAAUGAUACAAAACUACAAUUUUAUCGAGUUGACAGACAACAAAUGGGAGUUUACAUGUGCAUUGCAACAAAUGAUGUACCACCAUCAGUCAGCAAACGUGUUACCCUAGAAGUUAAUUUUGCACCUGUCGUUGAAGCACCAACCCAGUUACUUGGUGGUCCAGUUGGUAAACGAAUAACACUGGAAUGUACAGUUGAAGCACAUCCAAAUACAAUAAAUUACUGGCAACUUAAUGAAACUGGAAUGUUGUUAGAUGGGCCAAAAUAUGAAAUACGUGAAACAAGAAUUGGUUAUAAAAUUAAAAUGACACUUGUUAUUAAAAAAUUUACACAAUAUGAUCCUGGUAAUUAUAAAUGUAUUGCUACAAAUAGUUUGGGUAAAGGUGAAUCAUCAAUACGUUUAUAUGAUCUUAAACUUCAAGAUGACAUAUCAAUAAUUGGAGGACUUGCUGAAGCCGCACGAGGUUCAAGUAAUGCAACAAAUUUUCAUCCAAACAGUCUGAUCUAUAUCACACUUGGUGCGUUACAACUGCUUGUACGAGUUGCAUGUUCACGGUGAAUGUGGUUACAACCAACUGUGUAACAUGCCGUAGUUGUUACUGACUCACUUGCUAACUAAAAAAAUUAAAAAUAAAAAACAUUAAAAUAAUAAUUACAUCUCCAAAAAAAAAAAUACAAAUUAAAAUAAAAAAAAAAGAAACUUAUGCCAUUUAAAAAAAAUUCAUUCAAAAGUUUUAAUUUAUACAAAAAAAAAAAAAAAAAAAGAUUAAUUUAUUCUUGUCAUACAAAAAAUAAAAAAACUGAUAAAUAUUAUUUUUUAAUAAAUAUCGUCAAUUUAUCGACAUUGUAUUUUUAACUGUGCCAAAGACGAAAUGAAAAUUAAAAAAAAAAAAAAUUAUAUCACUUCUUGCAUAUCUAAUGAUAAUAGGUGUGUGGGUUUUAACAAAGUACAUCGAGAAAUUGGAACACGAUAAGUACACAUAGAUAUAUUAUGUAAAAAAAAAAAAACGGCCUUUGCAAGUAUAUCCUUCGGUCUAAACUCUAAAUAAUCAUCUCUUUUUAACGAUCAAUUUAUACGUGAAAAAAAAAAUAUAUAAAUAUAAAAAGAUAUUGUGAACGAUAUAAAAAAAAAAAAAAUGAUCGUUUUGGUUUGCUCAGAAAACUUAUGAUCUCAAAAAAAAAAAAUGAAUGAGAAUAUAAAAAUGAGUUUGCAUAUUGCGUAUAUAUUUAAUGACAAUUUAAAAAACAUAAUAAAAUGAUAAAUAAAUUUAUUUACAGCCACGAAAUGGUUAUAUUGGAUUUUAUGAUUUAAACAGUUUACGAAUGGUUAGCAUAUGCAAUGCAUGAAUGGCUAGUUAAAUAGAAAAAUAAUAUUGAGAAAUGAUUGUGUGUAUAUACACGAUGUUUGUGUUUGUAUGUUUGACUUAAAAAUAUACAUGAAAUAAUUUUAAAAAAAUUCAUGUAUACUAAAAUAAUAUUUAAACAUGUAAAAUGAAAUAAAUAUUUUUUUGUGCUUUGCACAUUUGACUGACACCCAGUAUUUUAA